AUUGUUCGCAUCGGUCACUGCUGAUCAGUUUACAAUGAUUUGAUCAAAGCAAAACGUCACCAAUUAAAUGCACUUUCGCGGUACGAGAACGAGGUGGUAGUUUCACGCAGAAGAGGACGGUACUUGUUCACGUUCUUCUCUUGCAAUUAACGGAAAAUAGGACAGAUGUUUGAAGAAGAAUAAGAGGACAACUAACUAUAGAUUCUCUUUCGCGUACACGUGCUUCCUUCGACUCUUAAAAACUCGAUCGCAUAAUUCGCGCUUCCAUCUCCAUACCCCUUCUCCCACUUCUCCGACUCUCUCUGACUCUCUCUGACUACGAUUGUCGCGUUCAACUCGUCCAAUAUCGUAAUCCGCAGCUGCAGUAGCAGGAACAGCAGCAGUACGGACGACGUUCGUUGUCGUUCAAAGAAAAUCAAGAAUGGUUCUACCCGUGAAUUCAAGUUAAUAAUUUCGAGCUAAGCGUGUAUGAACUAAACAGGAAGGAGGAAAAACAAGGAAUAGAAGGAUAAUACAAUGACGCGUAUGAAUUUCUCAAGGAGAAUUUUGUUUGCUUAAUCUAUUUCGCGAUCUGUACGAAGAAAAUCAUUGCGGAAGAAGGAAGAAUAACAUGAGUGGAACGUGUCUGUCGAUUACCCUUCAAACACGUUGAAGAAAGGAAAGAGGAAAAGAAGUCUUAUCUCGAUCAUACAUACGCGCACACAUAUACACGUUUAUACACAUAUGCUGUAGUCUCGAGAUGGAUGAAGACAAUCAGGUGACUUCGAGUUCCGUACUCGAGGAGACCUUCUACGUGACAUCGAAGAAAAACACCUAUUACAAAGUGAAGCUUACGGAAAAAGGGUUGAGCUUGCAAAAAGACAGUAAUGGCUCGACGAAGAUCGAAACGAUUCCGUUAAAUGAUAUCAUCGGGUGCAGGUGCAUGAGAUCUAAGCGAAGGAGCGCAGCUGGAAGUUGCGCCUGCCGCCCAGGUGCCUCGAGAAUGCAGCUUAAACUGGUCGAGUCUAUGGAUGCUUUUCAGACAUCCUAUGACGAGUAUGAUACUUCUGCUUAUCUUUAUAUAUACGCGUAUACCUUGAAAAAGGUGCGAAUGAAAGGAAUACGUAGACGCGAGAGAACAACGAUUACCCUCAGAUUUCGUAGUUUUGACAAGUAUGAAGAUAAUCUAAGGGAGGCAAGUAGGUGGCGAUUGGCGAUAAAGUGUCUAGUGACGAAGCUACCUGUCCCAAAAAAUCUCAUGAGUCCAAGUCAUGGAAAUCUGGAUGCUUUGCUCGGCGCAUGCCCAGGCGAGAAUCGAAAGCUUUUAGUCCUAAUAAAUCCAAAAUCUGGCCCUGGAAGAGGCAGAGAAAUUUUUCAAAAAAGGAUUCAUCCUGUACUCUCCGAAGCUGAAAGACCGUACGACAUUCACAUCACAAAAUGUUCGAAUUAUGCGCGUGAAUUCGUCCGUACGAAGGAUAUUUAUCAAUGGAACGGUUUGCUAACAGUUGGCGGUGAUGGGAUUGUUUUUGAGGUUGUCAACGGCCUCUUCCAAAGACCCGAUUGGGAGAAGGCACUCAAUGAGCUACCCCUCGGUGUUAUACCCUGUGGUUCCGGUAACGGUCUGGCGAAAUCUAUUGCAUACUCUAAACAGGAACCAUAUGAUUACAAUCCUUUACUAGUUAGCGCCUUAUCCGUAGUAAAAUGUAAGAAGGCUCCUAUGGAUAUUGUACGCAUUGAAACACGAAACAAAAUAUUGUUUUCAUUCUUGUCAGUCGGAUGGGGCUUACUCUCAGACAUUGAUAUUGAAAGUGAGCGACUUCGUGCUAUAGGUGGACAAAGAUUCACUAUUUGGAGUGUAGCACGUUUAAUAGGAUUAAGAACAUAUAAGGGAAAAAUAUCAUAUUUGCCUUGUGACAAAGUACUGCCUGUAGAAGUUGUUGGCAAUGGUAAAGUUUGUCAUACAGAUUGUACAAGUGAUGGAAAAAUAACUCAUUCUAGAAGUUAUGGAGAUGAAUUAGAUCGGUAUGGUAAUAUAGUUGAAUCAAAAAGUUUCCACGAUGCCUGUGACGAUAAUACUAACGAAUUAGAUUUACCUCUUAAUGGUUAUAGAGAUGAUGAAGUUAUAACAGAAAAUAUAACUCUUGAAACUGAAAUUGAAGGAAGACAAAGGUUAGACAGUUUCUAUUCUGCGACCUCGGCAAAAUCUACAUACUUUAGUACUGGUUCUGUAUCAAGUUAUCAUAGUAUAGAUGAUGAUGAUAUAAGAGAGCCUGACGCGGAAAAUAUAACCACAAGUCAAGUUAUGUAUGGUCCAUCGUCAACGCUUCCAGCUCUGACAGCACAAUUACCUGACUCUUGGGUUCAAGAUCAAGGAGAAUUUAUAAUGGUACAUGCAGCUUAUCAAUCGCAUUUAGGUCAAGAUUAUUUUUUCGCACCACGUGCAAAAUUAGCAGAUGGUAUUAUAUGGCUUUUAAUAGUUAAAGCUGGUAUUACUAGAGCAAAUUUAUUACAGUUCUUAUUAGGUUUAAGUACUGGGACUCAUGUAAACUGCUCUGGUGUUGAUAUGAUACCUGUUAAGGCUUUUCGAAUAGAACCAGCAGAAGGAGUAAGUGGUCAUUUAACAGUGGAUGGUGAAGAAGUUGAUUAUGGUCCAUUACAAGCUGAAAUAUUUCCUUCAUUAGCAACAGUAAUGACACCUUGACAAGGGUAAUUGUAUUAGCAGAAUCAAUCAAAUAGUACAAUCUUAAAAUUAUAGACUAAAAGUUAUAAUAAAAAAAUUUGUUAUAAA